UGGUGGCGAAAUGGUGUGCCGGCUCGGCGAGAACUGAAUUGGACGGGUUAAAAGGUGUAUUAAAAAACCGCUUCAAGCUAAACGAUCACAGUUCAAACCUGCGCUCUGGUUUCCGCGUAAUCUGCGUGAUAUGGGGGAAGAAACUGAGAUCUCGGUGAAAAGAGAGAAUCAGGACACGAAGGAUGAAAAUACGGACAGCGGUGUGAAAUAUUACACACGCGAAGAGGUUCAAGCCCAUAACAUGAGCAAAGACACAUGGCUCAUAAUCCACGAUAAAGUUUACGAUAUCACAAGAUUCAUGGAGGAGCAUCCAGGAGGUGAAGAGGUUCUGCUGGAGCAAGCAGGUGCAGAUGCAACGGAAAGCUUUGAGGAUGUGGGUCAUUCCACAGAUGCCAGAGAGAUGCUCCAGCAGUAUUACAUCGGCGAACUACAUAUGGAUGAUCGAAAGAAAGAAUCAAAAAAGGAAGUUUACAUCACCACUUGCAAAGACUCCAGGUCAUGGACCACCUGGUUGAUUCCCACCGUAGCUGCUGUACUCGUGGGCAUCAUGUACCGUUACUACAUGUUACUACACAAAUCCUCCUGAAAUCCUGAAAACUUUGUAAAAACCGAUAUAUAUUUCUCUUGUCUGGAGGCCUUGACUUGUUUGAGUGAGUGAGUCAGCAAGAUCACUCUCUAAGCUCCUGCUCAUCCUCUUUUCUUUAGUUUCCACUCAACUAGCUAUUUGGAAAAAGUCCAAAGCCCAUUGGUUCAUUUCAACUUUUUUUUUUUUCUACCAGAAUUCACAGUCCUGUCUAACCUGCAGCAUUAUCUUGAUCACGCUUUCUGUCAUCGGAUUGUCACACUUUUUUAGAAAUGUACUUGGAAAUUACUUCAACUCCUUUAAAUUAAUCUAGAGUGUAGUUGAAAAGAUCAGGCCCUUCAGGACAGGUCCGACUUUUGCUAAUGGAUUUGAAUUCUCUGAUCAUUUUGACAAAUCACACGUCCACAGCCUUCACAUAGCUGCUAAUUGAUGUUUGUCAGUGAAUUGCCUUGGGUUAUUACCUAAGGAUUUUGACCAUACGAUUCAAGUGGAGUUGAAAGAUACAGUACAUCUCCAAGAGAAGAGCGUGGAGUCAUGCUAUUAUAAAGACAUUGCUGUUUUAAAUACAACAUGGUGUAAAGGGAUGGUUCACCCAAAUAUGAAAAUUUUGUCAUUUACUCACCCUCAUGUCAUUCCAAACCUGUAUGACUUUCUUUCUUCUGUGAAAAACACAAAAUAACGAUAUUUUUAAGAUGAUCAAGUUUUGGUCACCAUUGACUUCCAUUGUAUGGAGGGGGGAAAAAAAAUAAAAAUUGAUG